AUGGCGGAGGGGAUCGCAUUCGACUUGGUCAAAGGAGUGCUGGGCAAGCUGGGCUCCGCUCUCUGGGACGAAAUCGGGCUGCUGCGGAGCUUCAAGGACGACGCGGACGACCUCAGAAGCAACUUCUCGGCGAUACAGGCGGUGCUUCUCGACGCCGAGGAGCGAAGCAGCGCUGGGAAGGAGACCCACGCGCUGCGCGACUGGCUGCGCAAACUGAAGGACGCCGCCUACGACCUGCUGGACGAGAUCCGGACGCAACAGCAGUAUCCCGAGGUGCAGAAUCAUCAACACCAGCCAGCUGGAAAGGUACGUGGAUUUCUGUCCCGCGCUAAUCCGAUGCAUCUGAAGUUUAAGGUCAAGAUGGCGCACAGGAUGAAAGCGCUCCGAGAAAAGAUCGGUAAGAUCGCGAAACAGAGGCAUGAUUUCGGUCUUGCCGAAGCUGGCCCUGGUCGGCAGGCUGAGUUCAAACGCCCUGACACAUAUUCAGUCGUCGACGAAAAGACAAUAGUUGGGAGAGAUGGUGAUAAAGAGGAAAUUGUGAAGCUCCUGUUAGAGACGGGCGGCGAUCACGACGUGUCGGUCAUUCCGAUAGUGGGAUUGGGAGGAUUGGGGAAGACGACGCUCGCUCAGAUGGCCUUCAACGACGGGCGGGUUACGGAUCAGCAGUGCUUUGAUCUAUGGGUGUGGGUCUGCGUGUCUACUGAUUUCGACAUGAAGACGAUUGCAAAGCCGGUGAUAUCUGCAGCCGGAGAGAAUUGUGCUCUUGAUAACUCGGAUGCCGUCGCCAGUUGUCUUGUUAGGAUCUUUAGCCAGAAGAGAUUUUUGCUGGUGCUGGACGAUGUAUGGAACGAAGAUCAGGAAAAGUGGGAGAAUUUGAAGGUCUUAUUUAAGGACAGCAAGAAGGGAAGUAAAAUUUUAGUCACCACGCGGAGCAAGAAGGUUGCCACGAUAAUGAAAACAGUCGAACCACACCAUGUGAAAGUCUUAUCAGAUGAUGAUUGUUGGACAUUGUUCAAAAGACGGGUAUUCGAUGAUGGGGAAGAGAACUACUAUCCGAGUUUGGUCGCAAUCGGAAAGCAGAUAGUUAAGAAGUGCGGCGGUGUGCCGUUAGCAGCAAAUGCUUUAGGAAGUAUGAUGCGCUUUAAGAGCAGGACAGAGGAUGCAUGGUCCGCUAUUAGAGAUAGCGAAAUUUGGAGUCUGAAAGAAGAGAAAACUAUUUUACCAUCGUUAAAGUUGAGCUACAUUCAGAUGCCGUCGGCUUUGAAGCAGUGCUUUUGUGACGCCCCAACUUCCCAGGAGGUCACCCAUCCUAGGACUACUCCCGUCCUAGCACGCUUAACUCUCGACUACCCGGGGUCUCACAGCUUUGCUUACUGCUCCAUAUUCCCCAAAGACUAUGAGAUUGACAAGGAUGACUUGAUCCGGCAAUGGAUUGCUUUAGGCUUCAUUUCAUCGCAUGAAACAUGGACUUCGACGGAAGAUAUCNCAAGGAGAGUUUGUGUUGUUCAGCUUGCCGGACAGGAAUUGUUGUAUGCUGGCAUGCCCCGAGGGAUUGGCAAGUUAGUUAGUUUGCAGGAAUUGUCUGUUUUUGUCGUCGGCAAGCAAGACUGCGCCGAACAUUGUGCUAGCAUUUCUGAGCUAGAGCACUUCAAGCUUGUCGGCCAGCUGUGGAUCAAGGGUCUUGAAAAUGUAACGAGUCCGGUUGAUGCCAAGGCUGCAAAUUUGAUAGACAAGAACCUGCGGAAUUUGAAGUUGGAAUGGAACGUUUUAAGUGCGGAAGAAGGCAUGGAUAGUGUACUACCGGCGGAAGGGAUGGAUACCGUGCUAGAAAAUCUUCAACCACAUCAAAAGCUAUCGAAAUUGGAAAUAGAAGGCUAUGGAGGCGGGAAGUUUCCUAGCUGGAUGAUGAACAGGAUUGGCCAGUGCCUCCCAAAUCUCGUUAAAAUCAAACUAGCGAAUAUGCCCGGAUGCAGCUCACUUCCGCAGCUGGGGCAACUUCCGUUUCUUGAACAACUAACUAUACAAAAAAUGCCCGCGGUAACAAAUUUGGGCGUCGAUAAGUUCCCUGCGCUGACGAUACUUAACUUGUCCUCCAUGCCGGUGCUGCGAGAAUGGGUGACUGUGCUGACGGUGGAUGACGAAGAAGGCAGGCGAGAGCGAGUUCCCAUUUUUCCGCGUCUCACUAUAUUGUGGCUUUUAGAAUGUCCUCAAUUGAGGCCGGAGCCUUGCCUCCCGCCAUCGGUUUCGCAUAUGUUCAUUUCUAGAACAAGCAGCGAGAACCUAUCAUUAAUUCUCGAAUGCGCGAUGCCACUUGGUGAUGGUGAUGGUGAUGGUGAUGCCGUCGUUUCACCCCAACCGCCACCAGAUAAGGGGCUGCUGAGUCUAGCAAUACAAGGAUGCCAGCAGCUAACUUGUUUGCCCGAGAGCUUGCGGAGCCUCACGUCCCUCCAGAGCCUGGCAAUAGAUGAUUGCAAAGAUCUUGAGAGAAUUGAAGAUUGGCUCGGGGAGCUCACCGAGCUGCGGUACUUGGCCAUCGAUGGGUGCAGCAGUCUCCGUUACUUGCCUGCCCACAAGAUGACCACACUCAAGAAGUUACAGAUUAUUG